AAAAAGGCCCAAGAAUAUGGCGUAACUGGAUGGUGUCGCAACACUGCCAAUGACACAGUCGAGGGCGAAGCACAGGGAAGCGAAGACGUUAUGCAAAAGUUCUUCGACGCCAUCGGCAAAGGCCCCAGCCACUCCAACGUCACCAAAGUCGUCAAGGAGGACCGUGAUGUCGUAGAAGGGGACAGUUCCUUUGAAGUCCGGCGUUGA